CUCUGGUAUGUACUUUCAAAGACUUUGGCUGAGGAUGCUGCAUGGAAGUUUGUGAAAGAUAAAACUUUCGAUAUGGUUACAAUAAACCCAGCAAUGGUUAUAGGCAGUUUGUUACAACCAACACUUAAUACAAGUUGUGCUGCCAUCUUACAAUUGCUAAAUGGUGCUGAAACGUAUCCAAAUGCUACAUUUGGAUGGGUAAAUGUGAAAGAUGUUGCCCUUGCGCAUAUGCUAGCAUUUGAAAACCCUUCAGCUAAUGGUCGCUAUUUAAUGGUUGAGUCAGUUGCACACUACUCUGAGAUAGUAAAGAUAUUACGCGAGCUUUACCCUACAAUGAAGCUUCCUGAAAAGUGUGCUGAUGAUAAGCCAUUUCCACCUAAGUACCAGGUUAACAUCGAAAAAGCAAAACAGUUGGGUGUCGUGUUCACUCCCUUGACAGAAAGCAUCAAAGAAACUGCUGAAAGCUUGAAAGAGAAGAACUUUUACUGAGAAACACCACUAUUGUGUGAUUGAGUUCUCAAAUUUUAGAGAACAUGCUUAUGUACCUUGGUGUCCAUCAACCUUUAUUGCUUGUUGAUCCAGAGCGUUAAUCGCGUAAAUGCUUAGUGUCCACCAUCCCUUGUAUUGAUGGUUAUCUUGGCCUAUUAAAGCUAGUGUUAAGUCAUAUUACUUUGAAUUUGGAUGUUACAAGUGUUUGUGUCCACCAUAUUUGGAUGUUACUAGUGUUUGUGUCCACCAUCACUUGUAUUGAUGGUUAUUUUGGCCUGUUAAAGCUACUGUUAAGUCAUAUUACUUUGAAUUUGGAUGUUACAUGUGUGUCCACUGUCACUUGGAUUGAUGGUUAUUUUGGCCUGUUAAAGCUACUGUUAAGUCAUAUUUCUUUGAAUUUGGAUGUUACAAUUGUUUGUGUCCGCCA